UCUCCCCCCACGUGUCACAGAGGAACUGCAGGGCACAGAUCAUGACAUCACUUUCAGAAGCAAAAGUGGUUUCCUCCACUUGCUGCUCUGAAUCAAGGUCCGUUUUGUGAACAUAUCGUAUUAGUGAUCCUCAAGUAACCGCUUUAAAAAAUUGUCAGCUUCAUAAAGAUGGCUAUGGUUUUUGUUCUGAAUGUGCAGCUCUUCUCAGUACUGGGGAAAAUGUAUUCUAAUGGUAUAUAGGGGCCACCAAAAAAUCUUGAAAAAUCCUAUAGCUGGUUGCCUUCUCAGCUUUAACAGAAAGCUGUAAUUUACAUUGACUAUACUAUACUUCCACAUUAUUUCAGUUGUUCAUUUUUACGGAGUUAUAGUGGCUAAGGAUAACACAGUGGAAAAAGUUUUGAUUUAUCUUAGUUUCAUUUUUUUCAAAUCAUAAAAACCUGGCAUUUAAACAUGGGUAUUUAGACUGUUUAUAUUCAUUGUAGAAUGUUUUAAUGUUUAGGAUAAAUUAAAGUCAAAGAAUUUCAACUGGCGCUUGAAUCCAUCCAUUUUUCUGAAAGUGGCCUUAGAGGAAAAAGUUUGGAAACCCCUGAUUCAUCCAAUCCAUUCCCUUUUGACAAGUAAAACUGUGUGAAUUUCUGUUUUCUUUAAUCCCAAAAGAAUGUUGACGUCAAAGUAUGGGAGGGUGAUGAGGAGGAGGAGAAAGAGGCGCAGUCUUCUGUUGUUAAGGACUUAUGAACAUCGUCAUGCAGAUCAGCGUCAGAACUGGGUUGAGGGGGAACCUGUCUUCUGCUCUCCCUGAUGAUGGAGGUGGCAGAAGAAGCCUCAUUGUGCUUCCCGCUGCUUGUCAACACUUCCUGCAGGAAGCCGCAGCGUCCUCCGUCGGCAGCCGCUCUCACCUACAUGCUGCUUUCGGCUAUCUCGCUGAUCACCUUUACUCUGAACCUGCUGGUCAUCAUCUCCAUCUCUCAUUUCAAGCAACUGCACACUCCCACCAACCUGCUGCUACUUUCGCUGGCCACCUCUGAUUUCUUGGUGAGCUUCCUCAUGUUGUUUCAGAUUUUCCUCCUUGACGGUUGUUGGUUUUUCGGUGACUUGAUGUGUGUUGUUUGUCAUGUUCUGGGUUACGUGAUAACGUCUGUCUCAAUAGGAAGUAUGGUGCUCAUAUCAAUCGACCGCUAUGUGGCUAUCUGUGACUCUCUGCAUUACCACAUCAAAGUCUCCCAAAUAAGAGUUAAAAUCUGUGUUUAUCUAUGUUGGUUAAUUUCAUUACUUUUCCACUGUGUGUGUUUUAUUGACAUUCUGAAGCAACCAGGCAGGUACAACAGCUGUGUUGGUGAAUGUGUGAUUGUGGUUACGUACGCUGCUGGAAUGACAGACCUUGUUUUCUCCUUCAUUGGCUCGCUCAGUGUCAUUGUGGUUCUGUAUAUGAGAGUGUUUUUGGUGGCUGUGUCUCAGGUGCGUGCCAUGCGCUCCCGCUUGAGAAUCGUCAUAUUGCGCGGCACAACCGUCAAGAGUUCUGAGCUGAAGGCAGCAAGGACCCUCGGGGUGGUGGUGGUGGUGUUUAUCGCGUGCAUCAUGCCAUAUUUCUGCAUCGCCAUCUCAGGCCAGGAUGUUCUGCUCAAUGCGUCAUCUGCAGCCUUUAUCAUGUGGUUGUUCUACUUCAACUCCUGUCUGAAUCCGCUGAUCUAUGCUAUUUUCUAUCCCUGGUUUAGAAGGUCCAUUAAACUCAUUGUGACGCUGCAGAUUCUGAAGCCUGACUCCAGCCAGGCCAAUAUAAUGUAAACAAGCCAGACAUGCUUUCUACCCUUCAUGUUGUCCAGAAUAGAAAAUUAUCUGAAUUCUGUUUCAAAUGUGGAUGACUGUAAUGGUUUGCCUUGAGAGUGACUGUUUUUUUUUCAAGUGAUUGAUUUUGUUUCAACUGUUGACAAGCAUGCAUGCUUUCAACCUUUAACCUGUCCAAAACAGAACACAUUCUCCAUUCGGUGUCACGUUUAAAAGAGCUCUAUUUGGCUUAUUGAUUUUGUAGCGAUAUUGAGUCACUGUGGAGAUAAAAACAACAUCCUAAAAAAAAAUCACAUUCACGAGAGAUUUGUUGACAAGUGUGGACCAUCACAUGAACCAUCACAUGAAAUGUUUUUUUAGGGAGGUCCCAAAGAACUGCAAACAAACAAACAAACAAAAGCAAUUGUUUUCCUUCAAUAUUUAUUUCUGUCAUCCUGUUUAACAGUUCUGCCAUGUGGACAGUUAGGAGUGCAGUAGCUUGCUGGGAGCAAUCAAAUUAUUUUUAUCCUGUAAAAGAGUAAAUUCCUAACACAUAUACUAUGAAAUUACUUCCUAUUUUAUUUGUUAUCUAUAGUACGAUUGCAUCUCUUUAAUUUUUUACAUAUAUGCUCAUUCAGAAACCAUCUCGAUCAUCAUUACAUAUUUUCAGCAUCUAUUGAGAUUAGUAAGGCAAUAAAAGUAGCGACAUCUUAGAGUUAAUUUGCCUGUGUCAUAAUAAUACUGUAUUGUUGUUUGCUUGUCCGCUUGUUUUAUCCCCACGCACACACAAAAAAUGGAAGAAAAUGUAGGAGAUACAGUAUGUCCACUGGCUCAACAAAGCUCCGAGCCAUCGGCUCCUCUCUCCUCAACCACUUGCAACACAGUAUUGUGCAGUGUUUGUUAAAAGUGCAUUUCCUUUUUAAUCUAUUAGAUCAAAAAAAUAAUAAUAAAAAAAACGUUAUCUUUUUAAGGAUACCAGUGAUGGCAAAGAGGAGAACUAUGUGGCCACUAUACAACCAAACAGAAGAUACUGAGACAAAAUAAUUUUUUUGUGUUUUUGUUCUGGCUCCUCAGUGUAAUAAAAUAACUAAAACAGA